UGGAACCAUCAUAAGUUUUUGUUAUUCACUACAAUAUUCUAUUUUUUACUACUUUCGUUUCUAAUUUUUUGAAAGUUUACAGAUGAUUUAAAUGACUUUCAGUCAAUUAUUAUCGUGAAGAUAUUAACUUAAUUUGUAACAGAUUAAGAAGUUUUUAAUUUUUAGGAUAAUUAAAUAUUGCAAUAAAUAACGCUAUAUUCACAAUGCCUGGAGAACCCCCAGCCUCUGGAGGAUUCAAAUCUAGUGGUAAGACCAAAAGAAUAUCAAUUCCUCGAGCUCAAAGUGGAACUGAUACUGAACAACAAUCUCAUCAAGGUUCACAUCCACAAACAACUUCCCAUCACUAUGUCAGCUUCCGCACAGAUGUAGAAGAUACUUCUAUUCCUCCUGCUGUUCGAGCAAGAUUAACAGAUCUAUUUCAACAAAUUGAAAAAGAAUUUGAAAUUGUGUGCACUGAAAACGCCAGUUUACACGAGAAAAUAGAAACAUUAAAUGAGAGAAUUGAAAGAGAUUGUUAUGGAUCUGGAGAACGAAGUCUGCCUCAAGUUGAUUUUCAAGUAGAUUUUACUGAUAAUAAAAACCUGUCCAAACAAAAAUCAAUUGCUGGUAGCUCUGCAUACAGAGUAAAAGCUUCCCAGAAAUUGAAAGCUCAAACAAGUAAAAUUGUUUCGAGUUUUAAAAAUAUUUCUAUGAAUUGUAAUAUGCUAAAAGAGUACAGAGGCCAUAGAGAUGGUAUAUGGGAAGUAUCAGUUGGUAGAUCAGGUCAACCAAUUGUUGGCACUGCUUCUGCUGAUCAUACAGCUAGGGUAUGGGCAAUGGAUAGCUGUCGCUGCUUGCUUCAAUAUACAGGACAUAAUGGUUCAGUAAAUUCAAUAAGAUUUCACCCUACAAUAGAUUUGGCACUGACUGCAAGUGGUGAUUGUACAGCUCAUGUGUGGCAAGCUGCCGUUAAUUGGGAAUCACAAAAAAGAUCAUCUUUGGAAGAUGUUGCUAGUUCUGGAGGUGAAAGAGGAACUACUGGAAAUAUUGGAGACAGUGGGAUGGUUGAAGAUGAUUCGGUACCUACACUAAGAACUCCUAUAAAAGAACUAAUUGGCCAUACUGGUGUUGUAAUAGCAGCAGAUUGGCUUUAUGGAGCUGAACAAAUUGUCACUGCUUCAUGGGAUAGAACAGCUAAUCUUUAUGAUGCAGAGUCAGGAGAAAUAAUUCAUACUCUUUGUGGUCAUGAUCAAGAAUUAACUCAUGUAGCAACACAUUAUGCCCAACGUCUGUGUGUAACAUCUAGUCGAGAUAGUACAUUUAGGUUGUGGGAUUUCAGAGAAUCAAAUCAUUCAGUAUCUGUUUUUCAAGGACACACAGAAGCUGUAACAGCUGCAGUGUUCACCAAAGAAGAUAAAAUAGUAUCAGCUUCAGAUGAUAGAAGUGUUAAAGUUUGGGAGUUACGCAACAUACGAAGUCCAUUAGCAACUAUACGAGGGGAUAGCUCAGUUAACAGAUUAGCUGUGUCAAGCACUGGUAUUGUAGCUAUACCACAUGACAAUAGACAAAUUCGAUUAUUUGAUUUAAGUGGGCAGAGAAUGGCAAGACUACCAAGAACUAACAGACAGGGUCAUAGGCGCAUGGUAUGCUCAGUAGCUUGGGCUGAAGAAAAUAGCAGCUCUUGCAAUUUAUUUACUUGUGGUUUUGAUAGAUUGGUGUUGGGUUGGAGUGUUUUACCAAUUAAAGAUGCUUGAGAAUCAAUCCGUGACCA